AUGGCGAAGGUCACCAGAAAGAUGCCUCCCGCUAAGAAAGUCACCGCCACCCGCAAGGCUAAGAGUGAUCGCGCUCCUCGCCGCAAGAAGGACCCCAACGCUCCCAAGCGAGGUCUCUCUGCUUACAUGUUCUUCGCCAACGACAACCGCGACUUGGUUCGUGAGGAGAACCCCGGCAUCACUUUCGGCCAGGUCGGAAAGAUGCUCGGUGACAAGUGGAAGGCUCUGACUGAGGAUGAGCGCAAGCCUUACGAUGAGAAGGCCGCCACUGACAAGAAGCGCUACGAGGAAGAGAAGGCCAAGUACCAGGAGUCCCUGGCUGCUGGUGAUGAUGAUGAGGAGUCCUCCUAA